AUGCUUACAUCUGUCUCUCUCCUCAAUGCUUACAUCUGUCUCUCUCCUCAAUGCUUACGUCUGUCUCUCUCCUCAAUGCUUACGUCUGUCUCUCUCCUCAAUGCUUACGUCUGUCUCCUCAAUGCUUACGCCUGUCUCUCUCCUCAAUGCUUACAUCUGUCUCUCUCCUCAAUGCUUACAUCUGUCUCUCUCCUCAAUGCUUACAUCUGUCUCUCUCCUCAAUGCUUACAUCUGUCUCUCUCCUCAAUGCUUACAUCUGUCUCUCUCCUCAAUGCUUACAUCUGUCUCUCUCCUCAAUGCUUACAUCUGUCUCUCUCCUCAAUGCUUACAUCUGUCUCUCUCCUCAAUGCUUACAUCUGUCUCUCUCCUCAAUGCUUACAUCUGUCUCUCUCCUCAAUGCUUACAUCUGUCUCUCUCCUCAAUGCUUACAUCUGUCUCUCUCCUCAAUGCUUACAUCUGUCUCUCUCCUCAAUGCUUACAUCUGUCUCUCUCCUCAAUGCUUACAUCAGUUGA